AUGCGCUUUUUUGCUGCUGACAAAAAUACUUCCUUCGAGGUGGAUGUCAUUGGACCUAUCCUUAGACAGGGUCGUCCAAGACUGAUGGCACAUAUUGCUGACAAGAUAAAAACCAUUGAUGGAUCUAAAGAAACUCUGAAACUUGCUGUAAGGAUAACUGAGCUCUGGUUUGUUGGGACGCCGAGCAGGUCUGAACAAGCUGAGAUGGCCAUUAUUGACUCUGAUGGUGAUCAAAUCCAUCUGGUCUGUAAGCAAGACCAGUUAAAGAGAUGGAAAAUGGAUUUGAAAGAAGAUUGUACUUAUGUGAUGCACAAUUUUAAAGUCAACAAGAAUGAUGGACAUUACAGAGUUUGUGAUCAUCCAUAUAAAUUGGCAUUUAUUGGAGUCAUGAUUGUCAGACAGUGGCAAUUGGAUAAGCUUCCUUUUAAAAAUUAUAGAUUUGCAGAUUUUCCAGAUGUCAUUGUUGGCCAAUUACAGUCUGACCUAUUAGUAGACGUCAUUGGUGUGGUUGACGAGGUUGUCUUUCGUCAUAUUUCACCCAAAAGAUCCUAUCCAUGCUCAGUUAGCAAUUCUUUGAAGGCUUCUAAAUUGACUAUUAAUCAGCCAGUGGCACCAAUUGAAGAAUUCAAUCUGAAGCUUUCAGAAUUGGGCAUUGAGAUCCAUUCAGUUUUGACACGUCGUUCUCAGUGGAGUUCACAGCCUUCAAGUUCUCCUCAGUUAUCAUCAAAGGAAACAUUCAUUUUGAAGUCAGAGGCAAAGACCAUUUCUGAGAUAAACAACCUUGGUGAACAAUCCAUUUCUAUAACAGCAGACCAUGAUCCACUUAUUGGGCUACCCUUGACACCAACAAAACGACAGCCAUUUCAUGAAUGUGAUGAUGAAGCAAGAAGCUCCCAGAUUGCACCAGCUCAGCUAUUGUCCAACAAAUUAGCAAAACUUGACCAGAUUGAAUAG